AUGUCCACAACAACAGGAGCAUUCAUCGCAGGAGGUGUUGCAGCAUGCGGAGCAGUGACGGUCACUCAUAGCUUUGAGACGGUGAAGAUUCGCCUGCAACUGCAGGGUGAACUGCAGGCCAAGCAGGACGCUGCCAAGAAAUACCGGGGUGUCUUGCACGGUGUGAAGGUUAUUCUACAAAAUGAGGGUCCCCGCGGUCUUUUUCGGGGAAUAGGCUCGGCUUAUAUCUACCAAGUCCUGCUCAACGGUUGCCGUCUGGGUUUCUAUGAACCGCUGCGCAAGGGUCUGGCAACGACGAUAUACCAGGAUGCUCAAGUUCAGUCUCUGGGCGUUAAUGUCGUCGCCGGUGCUGCGUCUGGUAUCAUCGGAGCUGCUGCGGGUUCGCCCUUUUUCCUGGUCAAGACUCGCCUGCAAUCGUUCUCCCCGUUCCUGCCCGUCGGCACCCAGCACAACUACAAGAACUCGUUUGAUGGUCUGCGGAAGAUCCACUCGACGGAGGGAGUUUCUGGCUUAUACCGUGGAGUUGGCGCGGCGAUGGUACGAACUGGCUUUGGUAGUUCCGUUCAGCUUCCUACCUAUUUCUUCGCCAAGCGCCGCCUGAUGAAGCACCUGGGCAUGGAAGAUGGUCCAGGUCUGCACCUGGCCAGUAGCACGGCAUCUGGCUUUGUCGUCUGCUGUGUUAUGCACCCGCCUGACACCAUUAUGUCCAGAAUGUACAACCAAACGGGCAACCUCUACAAGGGCGUGUUCGAUUGCUUGUUCAAGACCAUCAAGACGGAGGGUGUGUUGGCGAUUUACAAGGGAUACUUUGCCCAUCUUGCGCGCAUUCUGCCUCACACGAUCUUGACCCUCAGUUUGGCGGAGCAGACCAACAAAGUCAUGCGCAGACUGGAGGAUCGGUUCCUCUCUGAUUCGUUGAAGGAGAACUUGUAG